AAAAAGCAGCAGACGUCAACGUUUGAUGUCUAGAGUGGAAAAGCAGAAAACCGCAAGCUGCUUUUAGUGAAGAGAAAAUCGAAUCGAAACCGUUGCUGCGUAAGCUUAAAUCAGUUCCGCUAGACUCUGUUUUCCCCUGGGAGCCACCGGAAGCCGAUAGUGAACGGAAGUGACCGCACCCGGAGACGUUAUGGAACCGUAUGACGUGAUUUUCAACCAACCCGUCGUGAUAGAUAAUGGGUCGGGGAUGAUAAAGGCCGGUUUUGCCGGGGAUCACAUACCUAAAUGUCGCUUUCCGAACUACAUGGGUCGUCCGAAACAUGUUCGCGUUAUGGCCGGUGCAUUGGAAGGGGAUGUGUUUGUGGGACCUAAAGCUGAGGACUAUCGCGGUCUGCUGAGCAUCCGUUAUCCCAUGGAACACGGUAUCAUUACCGAUUGGAACGACAUGGAAAAGAUCUGGACGUACAUCUACAGCAAAGAUGAACUUUCCACGUUCGUCGAGGAGCAUCCAGUUCUUCUGACGGAAGCCCCGUUGAAUCCGAGAAAAAAUAGAGAGAAAGCAGCCGAAAUAUUUUUCGAAACCUUCAAUGUACCGGCUUUGUUUGUUUCGAUGCAGGCUGUCCUAAGUCUGUACGCCACCGGUCGUGUGACAGGUGUGGUGUUAGAUUCUGGAGACGGUGUUACUCAUGCCGUUCCCAUUUAUGAAGGUUUCGCAAUGCCACACAGCAUUAUGCGUGUGGAUAUCGCUGGUCGAGAUGUAACUCGCUACCUCAGAACGCUCAUCCGUAAGGAGGGCUUUAACUUCCGCACAACUGCUGAGUUCGAAAUUGUUCGACAAAUCAAAGAAAAAGUCUGCUAUCUGUCAACGAUUCCCCAAAAGGAGGAAAGCGUUGAUUCGGAAAAGGUCAAGUUCACACUUCCAGAUGGAAAUGUGCUUGAGAUUGGCCCGGCACGGUAUCGAGCACCGGAAGUUUUGUUCCGACCGCACAUGUUAGGCGAGGAAUGUGAAGGCAUUCACGAAGUGCUCAUGUAUUCUAUCCAGAAAUCAGAUAUGGAUCUCCGAAAAAUGCUGUAUCAGAACAUCGUUCUUUCUGGCGGUUCGACGCUUUUCAAAGGUUUCGGCGAUAGACUACUGUCGGAAAUCCGAAAGCAUGUUGCGAAGGAUAUGAAGAUCCGGAUCGCUGCUCCUCAAGAGCGUAUCUAUUCUACUUGGAUGGGAGGAUCUAUCCUGGCAUCAUUGGAUACUUUCAAGAAGAUGUGGGUUGCGAAAAGGGAAUACGACGAAGACGGUCAACGGGCAGUGCAUCGGAAAACAUUUUAAAUGUAAUGUUAGGGGGCUCGCAAUACGUGCAAAAACGCAAAGACACAAACACUUUUCACAUCUACUACGCAUCGUACUAAAAGGAACUCUCGUUCAUGCCUAUGUAUACUCUAAACCACCCUCACAGGACAGGACACAAACGAAGAACUGUUAUUUCUGGUCCAGAAGUGGGUGUCAUAGCGACACGUGACAGACAGUUCCAAGGUGAGUUGCUUUUUGUGUUCGAUAGGAUAAUGUGCAUCAUUGUGAAACAUGAAAAUCUGAUAGUUUGGUUAUAUAGAUCCCUACUAGGCAAGAAAAAAAAGUGUUUUAAUCGAAACUGUAUCUUCUUACAUCUUUAUUUAAAAUCAUUAAAAAAAGUUAAUAUUUGUAACAACAACUUCGUUGAAGCACGUUUGCUUGUUAGGGAAUUUUGAAGCAGCUAUGGUUAUCCAUUCAAUAACGUUUCGAUUUGAACGAACAUUCUACCUUAGGAGCUUUUCUAUUCGUCUAGCAUUAUUUAUUUUGUGUUGAAACUAUUUCGAAAAAUUAAAGGCGUUUCCUUCUUAUACGAGUUUUUACUUGUCGUCCAAACCAGAUUUUUAAAUAUGCACGUAGCUUCUUUUUUUUUAAUAAAGAUGUAAACAAUUACAGAAACGAUUUAUUAUGAAUAACUAAACAAGGAAUACUUAUUUUAAUUUAAUCCGAUGUUAUCCAGUUAUGGAAUAAUAUGCGAAUGUUUAAAAACGUUUUUUUUUUAUUUUGCUCCUGCUUAAUCUGUUAAUUAAAAAUUAUAAAAAUGAAAUUGUUAAAUUGAUAAUCACCUAUAUGUUAUUUGAUUUUUUUUUUUCUGUAACAAAUUUCGUUUCCUUAUGAUAUUCAUCCUUAAUUGAAUCUCUUAACCGCUCAAUUCUCUUCGAAAAAAUAAUUCAGUUAAAAGCUCCAACAAAUUGAAAUGAAACAAACAGACUUUCAGAUAAAGGUUGUUCCUUUUUCGGAUGGUUGUGAUUUUUUUUAAAACACGCUAAGUAAUUUGCAUUGUUUAUUCUUCGUUUUAAAUGAAACAAAAUUAAAUCUAGCAAAAUCUAAUUUCUGUAACUGUUUACACAAACGACAUUAACCAUUUUCCGCAUUGCUUUAUAGAUCCAUUCAUUCCACGCAAGCUGCAUGUUUUCAACUUAACAAGAUUUAACCAAAAUUGGUCACACCAGGUUCAAUCUAUCGGGACUCACGAGUAAAAUGCUUUCUAGAAGAAUAGAAAACAAACUUCGUUUCGCUUCCUUCUUCGGCAAAGGACUAAUAAUUUAUUAUACUUAUUUGAAUAACUGAAGACCAAUGAUUAAUAUGAACAAUGAAAUUCAAAAUAAUCGUAACUAAUCUAUUAGAUAUUAUUCAAAAAUUGAACGAGAUAGAUUAUGAUUAAAUCGCUUACGAUUAUUAUCCUUUGAUUGGGCUCGUUUUAAGCGAACUGAGACAGAAAAAUAUAAUAAUUUAUAUCAUA